GGGAAGACGGCCAGAACUGCUUCCUAAGACUGGGCAGGGUCUGGUCUCAACGGCCUGGUCUGGGGGACUCACUCCAUAAGACACGCAAUGCCCCGGAACUCUGCCAAGAGAGGAGUGGGUUGAGCGAAAGAGCCUAGGGCGCCCCCGCCCUUCCCUGCUGCUCAGCGUCACGCGUGACGUCCGGGUGAUGGCUGGGAGGAAAGCAGAGUGCGGUGAGGAAGGCGGGUCUGAGAGCUCCUAGAGGCUGAAAACCCCGGAAAGCCCUUGGAAGUGUUUAUCUAGGUCUUGGAGCAGCUAGGGCCUGAAGCUGAAAUGGGCUUGGGCAUGUUAUCCGUGUUCUCUACUGCUACAGCAGGAGCUCAAGAUAGCUCUUCCGGAUUAGCUGCUGCUAGUGAAUCAACCACAUACAGAAGAUGGGGGACUUGCCCUUAAAUAUCAACAUCCAGGAACCUCGAUGGGACCAAAGCACAUUCCUAGGCAGAGCACGACACUUCUUCACAGUUACUGACCCUCGAAACCUGCUGCUGUCCGGGGAACAGCUGGAAGCUUCCCGGAACAUUGUGCAGAAUUACAGGGCUGGUGUGGCAACCCCAGGGCUCACUGAGGACCAGCUCUGGAGAGCCAAGUAUGUGUAUGAUUCAGCAUUCCAUCCAGACACAGGGGAGAAGGUGGUCUUGAUUGGCCGCAUGUCAGCCCAGGUGCCCAUGAACAUGACCAUCACUGGCUGCAUGCUCACCUUCUACAGGAAGACUCCGACUGUGGUGUUCUGGCAGUGGGUGAACCAGUCCUUCAAUGCUAUUGUGAAUUACUCCAAUCGCAGUGGGGAUGCCCCCAUCACUGUGCGGCAGCUGGGAACAGCCUACGUGAGUGCCACCACUGGGGCUGUGGCCACCGCUCUGGGACUCAAGUCUCUCACCAAGCACCUACCCCCACUAGUUGGCCGAUUUGUGCCCUUUGCCGCUGUGGCCGCUGCCAACUGCAUCAACAUCCCCCUGAUGAGGCAGAGGGAGCUGCAGGUGGGCAUCCCAGUGACUGAUGAGGCAGGUCAGAGGCUUGGCCACUCGGUGACUGCUGCCAAACAGGGAAUCUUCCAGGUGGUGAUAUCAAGAAUCGGCAUGGCAGUUCCGGCCAUGGCCAUUCCCCCAGUGAUCAUGAAUGCUCUGGAAAAGAAAGACUUCCUGAAGCGCCGUCCCUGGCUGGGGGCGCCUCUGCAAGUGGGACUGGUAGGCUUCUGCCUGGUGUUUGCCACACCCCUGUGCUGCGCUCUGUUCCCUCAGAGAAGCUCCAUACAUGUGACCAGGCUGGAGCCGGAGCUGAGAGCUCAGAUCCAAGCACAAAACCCCAGCAUCGAUGUGGUCUACUACAACAAGGGGCUUUGAGGGGAGUCUGCCUCUUCCCUUUCCUUGCCUCCUGAGGCUGCUUCUUUGGUGCCACCUUGCAAUCCUACAGCUUGUUAAUCUUCCGGGUACUGGGCAGGGGGCUUGAUGUGGGCAGCAGCCACAGUCUAAGCAACCCCUUAGAAGGGGGGGCGGCACUCCUAUAAGCCUCUCCUCUCCUCUCUGGUUUCAAAGAGCAAGUCACAAAACUCAUGCCUCCCAUGCUUGUGUGUGUGCACAGACAUACACACGUAACAUAUAUGUUUUUAUGUUUGGUCCUGGAAGCUAAGUACACAAAUGCUGUUCUAAGAUGUUAUGAUACUUGGCUUCCUUCCUCAGUCUCCUGCCCACCUAGCAGCAAGCCAGGUUAGAGGUGAGACUUCCAUCCCUAGACUGUUCCUCUAGCCAAGUCAUUUUUAGCAGCACCUCACCUUUCUGGACACAAGACAAGCCUCUGGAUCCCAGAACAUGGACGAAAGGAUAUCAGCAGGCCAAACAGAGCAGAGCAUAAUCCUUCAGGUUUCGAAUGGCUGGCUCCAAAAGCCGGCUCACGGCCUGGGCUGCCAGAGGAAGCAGUGCUGGGAUCAGAGAGGCAGGGGGCUCGUGCUUGCUGUGCCCCAUAUUCUAGAAUGGCUCCUCUCUUCUCGUGGAACAAAGGAGUGUCAGUAGGGUGUGCUGCCCUACACAGUGCAAUGGGGGUGCUUUCGAGGACGGCCUUAGGCCUUCUUGGUCUGUUCUGAUGACUCAUGCCAUGACUCAGACAGAAAUCCCACAAUUCCAAUUUGUUCCCCAAUCAUAAAGCCACAAAGGGAGAGUGAGCAUUUCUCCCUUCAGGAACUGCCACUACCCAUACCCACUCACAGGGGGAGUGGUGUGGGAAUGGUGCUUAAACACAGGCCUCGAGUGUACAAUCUCAAGACAGGCAAUUCUGUAUUUCAUUGACCCUUCUUAGAUACACCCCCCCCCCCGGCUUCUUUCCUUCCCAUCUACCCCUUCUCUGGAAGAACCCAGGGACUCACAUAUGCCAGGCAAGAACUCUACCACUAAGCUACAUUUGCAGCUUCCUCUUUCUUUCUCUCUUUCUUUGAUAUGUUAUGUUUUUCAGAUAGGGAUUCUCUGUGUAGCCCUGGCUGUCCUGGAGCUCAGAAAUCUUAUAGCCUCUGCCUGCUGAGUAUUGGGGUCAAAGGUGUGCGCCAUCACCAGCAGCCCUUCUCUUUCUUGAGAAAAGGUCCUGCCCAUUACCUCAAGAAGAGGAGGGACCCAGGCAUCAAUAUCUGGACCAAAUGGAAGAUGAGAUUAGGAAAGAUGUGGAUGGUAGUGACUCCAGGAUACAGAAUUAGGUCUCUACUUUGAAUCCCAUGACCUCUAGCUAAAAGGUGAAUAGGGUGGAUGGAAAGGUUCCAGUGAGGUCCACUGAAACCUCUUUCUUGUCCCCACUAACCUCCUCCUCCUCCAGUGACAACAGCUGUCAUGUCAUGGUGUCAAUAAACUGCAAUCCUGUCUA